AUGAUUUUUGGUUCAUUAUUAUUGUUGAGUAUUUAUAUUAUUUCAUGUACAAUUGCUAAUCCGACUAAUUCUACAAAUGAUCAUUGGAAAAGAUCAGUUAUUCAAUCAUCAUUAUUAGGUCGAUCAGCAAUUUCAAUUGUUGAAGAAGAUAAACGAUGUUUUGCAUGUCCAAAAAUUCCAGAUACAGGCAUUAAUGGUCGAUGUAUUGUGCCUUGUCAUUAUAAUCAACGAUGUUAUUUAAAAGCUUUGCAUGCUAAUGCAACACUCACUGAUCGUCGUUGUACUGAUGAACAAUGGGUACGAGAUUUACUUGUUGAUGGUUGUCUUACAUACAAUGGUCAAUAUUGGUGUAUGUGCUCAACUGAUUUAUGUAAUUCCGGUGAUUUUACAUCUAUUCGUGGAUAUGAUGAUUGUUCAAACGAUCCAUGUCCAUCGAGUACAAUCUGUCUUGAUACAAAAGAUGGAUUUAGUUGUAUAUGUCCACCAUGGCAAGAUGAUUGUACUUAUGCUUCGAAUGUUGGUUGUUCUUGUAAAAAUGGUGGUCGAUGUUUGAUGGGUCUUGGAACAUAUGUUUGUGAAUGUCCAUAUGGUUAUAAUGGUUUGAGUUGUGAAACAAGAGAUAUUUGUAUUCCAAAUCCAUGCAUGAACGGUGGUACAUGUCAAUCACAAGGCUUACUUAGUUUUACAUGCCAAUGUCGACCUGGAUUUCAAGGACUUACUUGUGAUGCUUGUAUACCGAAUCCCUGUCAAAAUGGAGGAUCAUGUAUAUUUGAUGAACCAACUGGAUCUUUUCUUUGUACUUGUCCACCUGGAUUUACAGGUCGUACAUGUGACAUUGGUAGUUCAGUAACUAUUCCUCCUCGUGAUAUAUGUUCACCGAAUCCAUGCCGUAAUGGUGGAAACUGUCAAACAAAUAAUGCAGGAGGUUUUACAUGUCUGUGCCCUGCAGGUUUUCAAGGCAUCUGUUGUGAGAUACGUGUGGAUCCUUGUACACCAAAUCCAUGUCAAAAUAAUGGUAUUUGUAUAGCUAGUGGAACUUCUGUUAUUUGUUCAUGUCUAAGUGGAUUUACGGGUCAACGAUGUGAAACACGUGAUCCUUGUGCACAAAAUCCUUGUUUAAAUGGUGGCCAGUGUAUAUCAACUAAUUUUGGUGGAUUCACAUGUACUUGUCCAAAUCCAUACACAGGACCACGAUGUGAAGAUCGAAUUGAUCCAUGUACUAGUCAACCAUGUCGAAAUGGUGCUACUUGCCAAUCUCUAAAUGGUAACUCAUAUCAAUGUGUUUGCUCACCAGGAUAUUCAGGUCCUGAUUGUUCAAUACGUGAUAUAUGCGCUGAUAAUCCUUGUUUGAAUGGUGGCACUUGUAUUUCGAAUAAUGUUGGUGGAUUUGCUUGUCAAUGUCCACCAGGAUAUAGUGGUCAACGAUGCGAAGAUCGUGAUCCUUGUGCUUCACAACCUUGCAUGAAUCAAGGUAGUUGCAUGCCACAAAAUGGUGGAUUUCGUUGUGUAUGUCCACCAGGAUAUACAGGAACUCGAUGUGAAAUUCGUGAUGCAUGUCAAAGUAAUCCUUGCAUGAACGGAGGAACUUGUCAACCUAUCAAUGGUAAUGUUGGUGGUUAUCAAUGCAUAUGUCCAUCAGGAUUUAGUGGUCCACGAUGCGAAACAAGAGAUGCAUGUACUCCGAAUCCUUGUUUGAAUGGUGGUACUUGUAUUUCGAAUAAUGUUGGUGGAUUUGCUUGUCAAUGUCCACCAGGAUAUAGUGGUCAACGAUGCGAAGAUCGUGAUCCUUGUUUUUCGCAACCUUGCAUGAAUCAAGGUACAUGCAUGCCACAGAAUGGUGGAUUUCGUUGUGUAUGUCCACCAGGAUUUACUGGAACUCGAUGUGAAAUUCGUGAUGCAUGUCAAAGUAAUCCUUGCAUGAAUGGAGGUACAUGCCAACCUAUCAAUGGUAAUGUUGGUUAUCAAUGUAUAUGUCCAUCAGGAUUUAGUGGUCCACGAUGCGAGACAAGAGAUGUUUGCACACCAAAUCCUUGUUUGAAUGGUGGUACUUGUAUCUCGAAUAAUGUUGGAGGAUUUACUUGUCGAUGUCCACCAGGAUAUAGUGGUCAACGAUGUGAAGACCGUGAUCUUUGUGCUUCACAACCUUGCAUGAAUCAAGGUAGUUGCAUGCCACAAAAUGGUGGAUUUCGAUGUGUAUGUCCACCAGGAUUUACUGGAACGCGUUGUGAAAUUCGUGAUGCAUGUCAAAGUAACCCUUGCAUGAAUGGAGGUACAUGCCAACCUAUCAAUAGUAAUGUUGGUGGUUAUCAAUGUAUAUGUCCAUCAGGAUUUAGUGGGCCACGAUGUGAAAAUAGAGAUCCAUGCGCUCAAAAUCCAUGUUUAAAUGGUGGUCAAUGUGUUGCGAAUGGAUUGGGAGGUUUUACAUGUGUCUGUGUUCCACCAUACAGUGGUGAACGUUGUCAAGAUUCUAAUCCUUGUGCUAAUAAUCCUUGUGGGAAUAAUGGACAAUGUAUUCAAAGUAACGGUGGAUUUUAUUGUGAAUGUAAUCUUGGUUAUUUUGGAAAUCGAUGUGAACGUCGUGUUUGCGUACCUAAUCCUUGUACAAAUGGUGGUACAUGUGAACCUCGUCCUAAUGGUGUUUUUCAUUGCAUUUGUCCUCCAGAGUUUCAAGGUCAACGCUGUGAAUUUCGCAAAGUUUGUGAACCAAGCCCAUGUGUUAAUGGAGGAACCUGUAGCCCAUACGGUCUUGAUACUUAUUCUUGCAAUUGUCCAUUCGGUUAUACAGGUCGAAAUUGCGAAACUCGUAAUCCAUGUAUUCCAAAUCCAUGUAAAAACGAUGGUCGUUGUCAACCAAAUAUUGCCACAGGUACUUACGUAUGCAAUUGUCCUGCAAAUACCGCUGGUGCUAAUUGUGAAAUAAGAGAUGCUUGUAGUCCGAAUCCAUGUCAAAAUGGUGGCACUUGUCGUACAGUCAAUGGAAAUGGUUAUCAAUGUGUUUGUGCAGCUGGUACAACUGGAACGAAUUGCGAAACUCGUGAUCCUUGUGCACAAAAUCCUUGUUUAAAUGGUGGACAAUGUGUAUCAAAUAAUAUGGGUGGAUUCACAUGUACUUGUCCAAAUCCAUUCACUGGUUUACGAUGUGAAGAUCGAAUUGAUCCAUGUGCUAAUCAACCAUGUCGAAAUGGUGCUACAUGCCAAUCUCUAAAUGGUAAUUCAUAUCAAUGUGUUUGUCCACCAGGAUAUUCAGGUGCUGAUUGUUCAAUACGUGAUCCAUGCGCUAAUAACCCAUGUUUGAACGGUGGCGCUUGUAUGUCGAAUAAUGGUGGAGGAUUCAUUUGUCAAUGUCCACCAGGAUAUAGUGGUCAACGAUGUGAAAUUCGUGAUGCAUGUCAAAGUAAUCCUUGCAUGAAUGGAGGAACUUGUCAACCUAUCAAUGGUAAUGUUGGUUAUCAAUGUAUAUGUCCAUCAGGAUUUAACGGACCUCGAUGUGAAACAAGAGAUGCAUGUACACCAAAUCCUUGUUUAAAUGGUGGUACAUGUGUAUCGAAUAAUUUUGGAGGAUUUACUUGUCAAUGUCCUCCUGGAUUCAGUGGUCCACGUUGUGAAGAUCAAGAUGGCUGUGCUAGUCAACCAUGUAAAAAUAGUGGUGUAUGUGUUAGUACAAAUAGUGGUGGAUAUACAUGUCAAUGUGCUACCGGCUUCGAAGGACCAAAUUGUGAACAAGUCGAUAUUUGUGGUGUAAAAAACCCAUGUAUCUGCGGUACAUGUCAAAACGAUCAAUCCAGUGCUCAAGGUUUUCGUUGUUUCUGUCCACCUGGUUAUUCAGGAAAUCGAUGUGAAAAAUUACUCAGCUGUUUGGAUAGUGGAGAAGAAUGUAUAAAUGGUGGUGAAUGUAUACAACGUCCACUUGGCGAUCAUGUUUGUUCAUGUCCUUAUCCAUAUUGUGGUCUUCGUUGUCAAUAUCAACGACCUGCAUGUGAUGGAACGUCAGUUGGCGUAACAUCAAUUGCAGCAACAACAUUAAGUCCAGCAUGUUCUUCCAGUCUUUGUAAUAAUCGUGGUAUAUGUCAACAAAUUGCAUAUGGAACAGGUAUACAAUGCUAUUGUGCAAGAGGAUGGUCGGGCUCACGAUGUCAAUACGCUGUACGUACAAAUAAUAAUAAUCGUAGCCAAAAUCUAAUUCAAAGCAAUCGAACAACAACAGCAACAACAACAACAACAACAACAAUAAAAGCGAGUACAAAUGAAACUGUUCUUCGACAACGAUCAUAA